UUAUUCCUAAAAACUUUGUUUACAAUUCAUUUUUGAAGUUUAAAUUAAAAUAACUUAUUUAUAUUUUUAUUUUUAAAAAUUAUUCUUAAAUAUACAUUGUAAUCAUAUAGCUUAAAAUAUAAUACAAAAAAACAAAAAUGGUUAUAGCAAUGGGCCUUGAAGGAAGUGCCAAUAAAAUUGGUGUUGGUAUUAUGAAAGACGGUGAUAUAUUAGCUAAUGUAAGAGAAACGUAUAUAACACCACCGGGUGAAGGUUUCUUACCAAAAGAAACUGCACAGCAUCAUAGAUCUAAAAUAUUAGGCUUAAUAAAACAAGCUCUUAAAGUUGCUAACAUUGAACCAGAAGAAAUUGAUGUGAUUUGUUAUACGAAGGGUCCUGGAAUGGCACCACCUUUACUGACUGUAGCAAUUGUAGCACGAACAAUUGCUCAAAUUUGGAAUAAACCAAUAUUAGGAGUAAAUCACUGUAUAGGGCAUAUUGAAAUGGGGCGUUAUAUUACGAAAGCUGACAAUCCAACUGUUUUAUAUGUUAGCGGUGGUAAUACGCAAAUAAUCGCUUAUUCGAAUCAACGAUACAGAAUUUUUGGAGAAACUAUUGAUAUAGCUGUAGGUAAUUGCUUAGAUCGGUUUGCAAGGGCAAUAAAAAUUUCAAAUGAUCCUAGUCCGGGUUAUAAUAUAGAGCAGAUGGCGAAAAAAGGAAAAAAAUAUAUGAAAUUACCAUAUGUGGUUAAAGGAAUGGAUGUUAGUUUUUCUGGUUUAUUAUCAUUUAUUGAAAAAGAAGCUGUACCAGAUAAGUUUAAACCGAAAAAUCAAAAACGAGUUUCGGAGUCUGAGGAAAAAUAUUCUGAUGAAGACCUAUGUUUUUCUUUACAAGAAACUAUAUUUGCAAUGUUAGUGGAAACUACCGAAAGAGCAAUGGCACAUUGCAAUUCUAAUGAGGUUUUGAUUGUUGGUGGAGUUGGAUGUAACGAACGUCUCCAAGAAAUGAUGCGAAUCAUGUGUGAAGAAAGAGGCGGAAAACUUUUUGCAACUGAUGAAUCUUUUUGUAUCGAUAAUGGAUUAAUGAUUGCACAAGCUGGUUUAGAAAUGUUUCGUUCCGGUACCAAAAUGAAUUGGGAUCAUGCAACAAUUACGCAAAGAUACAGAACAGAUGAAGUUCUAGUUACAUGGAGAAAAGAUUGAAAAAUUAAUAGAAUUCUUAAUAUAUUAUGUUCUUUUAUUAUUGUUUGUAUAUUUUUAUUGUAUGUAUUUAUAAAAGAUUCAAAUUUUGACCUUA